AUGGUCAAUGCAGUGAGCCAAAUUGACACAUGGCUGAAAUAUGGAGCGAAUGCACUUGAAGUAGAUGUUCAAUUUGAUGAGGAUGGAACACCUAAAAAAUUUUAUCAUGGAUGGCCAUGUGAUUUCGGCAGACUUUGCAGUCGCUCGUCGCUCGUUGGAAAUUACAUCGAUGCACUUCGAGAAAGAACGAUCCCUUCAAGUGGAAAAUUCAAUAAGAACUUGGUACUGGUCAUGUUCGACGUGAAGUUGAAGAAAUUGAAGCCCAACGUUUUCAAAUCAGCUGGAGAGAAGUUUGCCAGUACAAUUUUGAUGCCGUUGUACAAAAACAACACGACAAACAUGAAAGUGGUCGUGAGCUUUCCACAUUUAGAUCAAAAGGAUUUCGUAAAAGGCGUCUUAACGAAACUGUGGUUGAACGAUGUCGGUACGAUAAAAAGUGUUGGCUUUGAUGUUAGCGAGGACGAUAGGAGCUCGGCAGAAAAGGAAAAGAUUUUCCGUGAAGUUGGCGUCCCGUCAGGUCAUGCAUGGCUCAGCAUCGGAGCGACAAACUGGUUCUUUACAAAACUUCAUCUAAAGGAAUUGAAGGAGCAAGUCAAAUACAGAGAAGAAAAAGGCUAUUUUAGCAAAGUUUACACGUGGUCGGUUAACCGAGUGUCCACCGCUGAAAAAUAUCUCGAAAUUGAUUUAGAUGGAAUGAUAACCAACGAUCCGGAAAAUAUAAAUGAAGCAAUGAAUAGAUUCAACAAACACUCUGACAAAGUAAGACUGGCAACUUUGUCUGAUGAUCCAUUUAAAAAGUACUGA